CCAGUGCACCACAGGUAUUCUUUAAAUAUCAUGUGUGCAUGUUUUGUUGCAAUAGCCACAAAUUAUAUAUCUAAUAAUUUUUUAACACGUCUAUUAGCAAACUGUACUUAUACCGGUAUUACUCGGAAAAAAAUGAAAAUUGGCAGACUGACAAUAUAGAAUUUAACGUUUUAUAAUAUGGAUAGAAUAGUGUUUAUCUGGAUGAUGAAUAUUUUUAAUUUCAACUUUUUAGCUGGACAAAACGAUAAACAGUGCACAACAGAAAAACGAUGUCAUUGCACGGAAGUAGAAUCAGGAUUGAUUGCUGAUUGUUCUGGACUUAACCUUGAUUCCUAUCCCAGGUUCUUCGAUGGUAUUGUAACGAUAGAUGUUAGUUAUAAUAAACUGAAGGAUUUUCCGUCAACAAUUGAUGUUCCCACUACAUUAAAACAUUUAAAUCUGUCCGGAAAUCUACUACGAAGGAUCGACACUGACAAGUCGAGAAAAUUGUUUUCUCAUAUCAAUGAUUUAGCAUCACUUAACUUAUCUUCGAAUCUUAUACCGUUGGAACCAAAUGUUUACCCUGCAGAUAUAUUUAUGAAUCUAACAAAGUUAAAAAGUCUCGAUCUGACAAGAAAUAACUUAACUUCAGUUGAAUUCAGAACUUUGGAUCACGUUAUAAAACCUCUUGUAUCAUUAGAAAUGUUUGCGAUAGAUGGGACUGAGAAAAUUUCAUUUGGAAUUGGAUUCGGAACACUGAAGUAUUUAUGGCAUUUGCGAUUGUAUGGAUCAUGUAAUAGAAACAGACUACUUACCAUAGGGAAAGAUUACUUUGAUAAUUUAUCGAAUUUAAGAACAUUAGAUAUUUCAUCCGAAGUCACACGGAAUUUCACGACAAUGGAUUGGACAACUUCCUUGUGUUCUCUUUUUUAUAUUCAUAGAGGAGCUAUUUCAAAAUUGUCACACUUGAAGUUUCUUGAUAUCUCUUAUAAUCGAGAAUUAGGAUUAUGUGGUUUCUCGAAUAUAACACAUGACCUUCCUUCUACUCAGAUCAGGAUAUUGAGAGCAAAUUAUUUGCAUUGUAAUGCUGGUCCUUCGGUCACACUUUUUUGUGACGAUAUCAAACCCUUAACAAAUACUACUCUUGAAGAAUUGUAUUUUGACGGCAAUAAUAUUGAUUUUGCUCAAACUGGGGUUCUGUAUUAUCUACCCGUGUCACUCAAGCGGUUAACUUUGAGAAGCAACCGGUGGAUUCAGAAUAGAUAUACAUACUGUAAUACAUUUGGGCUGACAAAUCUUACAUAUCUUGAUAUCAGUUAUAUGAAUAUACAUCAAAUAUCUUCCGAUGAACGGUAUGUAGACUGUCUGAAUUUUUUUCGCAUCAUUAACUGUGAAAAACUUCGAUCCAGUUCAUUUGGAACGAGUUUGAAUCCCCGCGUUUGGGAAGCGUGUAUUGAAGAAUGUCUAAAGCCCAAAACAAUAGAAAACAUCUAUGCUCAGAAGAAACAAGACGAAGUUUAUGAAACAAGCAAUAUAUCGUACCCUUUGACAUGCAGUACUCCAAUAUCAUUUGCAACAAAUGUUAACAUGUAUUUUGUGCCUCACAAUUUGGAACACAUUGUGAUGAAUAACUCUAGAUUAGGGCAUACUUUAAGUUAUAUAUAUUUCGCUUCGUCAAAUCUCAAAUCAUUAGUUUUAAGCCACAAUCAGUUUUACUCACUCAUUGGGCCUAUCUGUAAUGCAACAAAAUUGAAGUAUCUAGAUCUUUCAAAUAAUAAAUGCUCGUAUUUAUCACCUUACGUUUUCCGUGAAUUAAUAGCAUUGGAAAAAUUAAUUUUAGAUAAUAAUUUGAUAGGCAGUGCACAAAUACUUCAGGAUAAAAAUAUUAGAGACCUUUUCUCGAUGCAAUUACAACUAAAAGAAUUAAGUUUAGCCUCGAAUGGGAUAAAGUUCUUGCCGGCAGAAAUAUUUCAUAAUUUUAAAAAAAUACGUCUUUUGAAUUUAAGUAAAAAUCAACUGACUGAUUGGAAUGUUAACCUUGAUCAUAUGAGACAUUUGAUUUAUCUAGAUUUGUCUGAAAACCAAAUUUUGUUUCUUUCUGACUCUGGAAUGGCUUUAAUUGGUUCAGGUUUCUCUAAAAAUUUUACAAUAGAUUUAUCUUUUAAUCCAAUUCAGUGUAACUGUGAUUCGUACAAUUUUAUUUUGUGGCUUAUCAAAUGCAAGGAAAAGUUUAAAAAAUUCAAACAGUAUAACUGUCCUCUAAUGAAACCCAAUAUCACCGAUAUCCCAAACGCAAACAUAUAUUUGACAAAGAAAUGUUCUUCCUAUGUGAGCUUAACAGUUUUUGCAAUCAAUUUUAUAAUAUGCUUUUUAGCUUUGUUAGUGAUUGUUAUAAUUUACAGGAACCGAUGGAGGUUAAGAUAUUGGUAUUAUAUUGCUAAACGUCAAUAUUUUCGGGGAUACAUUAGGGUUGCAGAUGAAAAGCGUUACCGUUUUGAUGCGUUUAUCUCAUACGCAGAUGAAGACAGAACUUUUGUAACAAAAAGUGUAAAAACAAAGUUAGAGGAAGAAUCACGUUUAAGACUUUGCAUUCAUCAUCGAGAUUUUAUUCCCGGGUGCGAUAUUGCAGACAAUAUCAUUAAUGCUAUACACCAAAGCCGAAAAGUUAUAUUUAUAAUCACAGAAGCCUUUUUAAAAUCAGAAUGGUGUAUGUAUGAAUUGCAUAUGGCUCAUACAGAAAACGUGAUAUCAAGACAAGGGACAAAUAUGUUAAUACUUGUUUUUAAGGAAGAUAUACCGCAAAAUAUAAUCCCAAAAAAGAUUCAGCAAAUUGUACAAGAGGAGGUUUACCUAGAUUUUCCAGAUGAUAUUGAAGAUAAAGAAAUAUUUUGGAAUCAUCUUACACGUUCCAUACUAUAAUUGACAAUGUUGACACCUAAACAUAAUUGAGUAUGACUAUUUAGUUGAAUGGUGUUCCGAGUUAAGAUUGUGUCGUAAAAUUGACAUACCUGCACAUUGCGCAAAUAUAUACACAGAGGCGCCGAUAAAUUUUAUACGAUCAGACAAUUUCUUUAUAAUUUCAGAUUAUAUUGUAGUCAAACCUCAAAACAAUAUGACCUAAGGCUAAAGUAAAUUAAGCAACACUUCAAGCGAGAUCAAAGUAUAUCUGUGGAAUAUCUUAUAUAAAACUAGUAGUAUACUUAUUCAGAUUGUGCUGAGAGCUUGUGUUUUUUUAUAUUUGUAAAAAUAGUGCUUGCUGUAUACGCAAGAUGAUAAUCAAGACAACUUAUUUUCGCUUAGCUAUAAACGGCGUCUUUCUAUAUCUUAUCAAUAUACCGAGAUAAAACCAGAAGUUUAGACAUUCAAAAUACUAGUAGGGGAAAAAAGACAUCUUAACAAUAGAACAGACCAUUGAAACCAGAUCAUUUAGUUUCACGUUCAGAUAUAUUGAUGAUGUUCUUGUCAUUAACAAUGCAAACUUUUCUGAUUGUGAUCCACUAAUAUAUCCCCCAAGAACUAGAAAUUAAAGAAUCAGCAAUCACGACGCUUCCUCUGCCUCAUUUUUAGACUUGUAUAUAUCUAUUUCAACAUUAGCGGUCAUCUCAAAACCAGCAUCUAUGACAAUUAAAAGAGACUAUUUGUAUUCUGGUUUAUAUAAAUCGCCCUCCCUAGCAACAAUAUACCAACUGCAAAUGCAAAAGUGAUAUACUUUUCCCAACUCAUUCCUUAUUGAAGCUAUUGCAGCGGCUAGCCCACUCAGACUUUAUCAAUUGUCAUCAGAGUAUGAGCAGAAAGAUGACGAAUCAUGGUUUCAAAGAACGUCUCAUCCUAAAUACGUUUAGAGGAAGAUACCAACCCUUGUUGAUAGUAUUCCGUAUCAACUUCACAAUUAAUACAUGAUGG